AUGCCGUUUCUUUUCAUCCUUAUCUUAUGCCUUUCCCUAUGGAUCCAUCUGAUCACCGCUUGUCCGCCACUGGUCUUUGGCAGCAAUGGGAGGGCCCAACUGGCUCCAAUGGGAGGGCCAUGGAACCAGCCGGUGAUCGAAUUCUGCUACGAAUCCCUGGAUAGCAGAGAAUACCUCACUAUAGGUGUGAUGCUGGCGAGGUCGUUAUGGAAAGCGGAAGUCUCAUUUGCAGAAUUCGGUGGUGAACCACGGCCGAUAUGCGACGAUCAGACCAAUAGACGCCCUGACGUCGUGAAGCUGAAAACGCACACAGGCGACCAGAAUUCAUGGUGUUCGCUCGGCUUCCACCCCUACGGAAAUUACAUCGAUGUGGGCGUUGGCAAUAUGAGACCCGACGAUAUACCCACGGAAGGACUGAUCGCGAGCGUCGUCCAUGACUUUGGCCAUAUCCUCCGAUUUGGACAUUCCAAUCAACUGCCAGGCGCUGCAUCCAAAAUUACAGUCAAGUGCUCUAACAUGAGGCAGUAUCAAAGCAUGGUCCAGAAAUACGGCGAGGAGAAAGCCAACAAAGCGUGUCUUGAUAUGGACACUGCACUCUCGUUGGCAACCUUGGACAGAAAUACCCACCAACAACUCUACUCCGAUGCCGCGACCUUCUAUGCCCCGUAUCCCGAGGACUAUGCUCGUGGGCUGACGAAUAAUAUCUUCGACUUUGCGUCAAUUAUGAAUGUCCCUGCGAAUGCAAACAAGAUCAAACGAGGCCUUUUGGCGAAAAACGACGACGUCAUCCAAGCAAGGAGCGCAGAUGACAAGAAAAGGGUGCUCGCUAUGGACUGGAAAAAGAAGGUGAAGUGGUUGAAUACAAGGGUAACCCUCUCGCGACAGGAUAGGCAAGAUCUCGCGCGACUACGGGUUGGUGAAUGUGAGGAUCUGCCGCCCUAUACCCCGGACCCGCCGCCAUAUGAGACGGCGACCUUUACAGCACCCCUGGGCCAGGGCUUUGGAUAUGGAAUUAUCCUGGGACUAGGCUUUGCUUUUGCUCUGCUGAUGAUCUUUAUCACCUGGGCCUUGAAACGAUACCAGCAUGAAGUACAAACAUCCGAGAUGUUUUCUACGGCAGGACGCUCCGUGAAAUCAGGUCUGGUUGCCGCGGCUGUCGUCAGUAGUUGGACCUGGGCGGCAACCCUACUUCAGUCCUCGGCGGUAGCAUACAAAUACGGCAUCUCGGGCCCGUUCUUCUACUCCUCUGGUGCCACCGUUCAAAUUCUUCUUUUCGCAACCCUGGCCAUCGAGCUCAAAAGACGCGCUCCCAAUGCACACACUUUCCUCGAAGUCAUCCGCGCUCGCUAUGGAACCACCGUCCAUGUCGUCUUCAUUGUUUUCUGUCUGAUGACCAACAUUCUUGUGACAGCCAUGCUGCUCACCGGUGGCUCGGCAGUUCUGAAAUCCUUGACCGGGGUUCCCACGACGGCGGGAUGCUUCCUUCUCCCAAUUGGCGUGGUCCUCUAUACUCUGUUUGGCGGCAUCAAGGCGACCUUCAUCACGGAUUACAUGCACACCGUGGUGAUCCUGGUGGUCAUCUUCCUCUUCGCCUUCUCCGCAUACGCGACCAAUGCCCAACUGGGCUCUCCAUCGAAGAUGUAUGAUGCCCUCGUCGACGCGGCGAAGCGACACCCCGUCGACGGAAAUGCCGGCGGCAGCUACCUGACCAUGCGAUCCAAGGAGGGCGGCAUUUUCUGGAUCAUCAAUCUGAUCGGCAACUUCGGCACGGUGUUCCUGGACAACGGAUACUACAACAAGGCCAUUGCUGCCAGCCCUGUGCACGCGUUCCCGGGGUAUGUCAUUGGCGGGCUCUGCUGGUUCGCCAUCCCAUGGCUAUGCGCUAGCACGAUGGGCAUCUCUGCCCUGGCCCUGGAAGGCCCGCAGCGUCUGAGCUCUGAGGAUGUGACUGCGGGCCUGGUUCUUCCAUUCGCGGCCGUCAAGCUGCUCGGAUACAGUGGCGCGGUGGCUACGACGCUGAUGAUCUUCAUGGCGGUUACGUCUGCCUUCUCGGCGCAGCUGAUUGCCGUCUCGUCGAUUUGGACCUACGAUAUCUACCAGGCGUAUAUCGAGCCCUCGGCCAAGGGCAAGCGACUCGUCUGGAUCUCGCACAUGUCUUGUAUCGUCUACUCGAUUAUCAUGGCGGGCUUUGCCACGGGUCUUUACUAUGCCGGUAUUGGCAUGGGAUAUCUGUACCUGCUGAUGGGUGUGAUCAUCUCCUCGGCUGUUUUCCCUGGCGCCAUGACUCUACUCUGGAAGCAGCAGAACCGCAUCGCUGCCGCGGUGUCGCCGCCGCUCGGUCUGGCUGUUUCUCUGAUUGCGUGGCUUGUGACUGCAAAGAAGGAGUCUGGUGUUUUGAAUGUUGACACCACCGGUGCCAAUUACCCCAUGCUAGCUGGCAACCUCGCCGCCCUCCUCAGCCCAGUCAUCUUCGUCCCAGUCCUCACCUACACCUUCGGCCCGCAAAAUUACGACUACGAAUCAAUGCGCGCAAUCCGCAAAGUCGACGACACAGACGUCGCCCAAGCAGCGCACGUCGACCUGGAACUCGUCCCAGGCGAAGGCGACGCCUCAGCAGACAACAAUGAAAAGGAAACCCACAAGCUCAACAGCGCAGCACUCUACUCGCGCACGCUCACAAUCUUCCUGGCGCUGGCGUUCCUGAUUCUCUGGCCGAUCCCGAUGUACGGGUCGUCUUAUGUCUUCAGCAAGAAGUUCUUCACGGGCUGGGUGGUUGUCGGGAUUCUGUGGCUGUUCUGUACGGUGUUUGGGGUGGUUAUUUUCCCGCUCUAUGAGGGACGCGAGAGUAUUGUUCGGGUCGUGCGGAUGAUGGCGCUUGAUGUUGUGGGGCGCAAGCCGAGGAUUUAUAGUGGACAUGCCACUGGGGCUUCGGCUUCUGGGGUGGCGACGCCGACGGAGAAGGUUGGGGAGAAGAGCAAGGAGGUGCCUGAGUCUUGA